UUCCCGCCCAACAUAACCGCCAUCUCGAAUUUAAUAUCCAAACAGAUCAGAAUGAAAUAGAAAACCCUAUCACUUCCCAAAUAAACCCAGAAAUCUUCGCUUUCGAGCUUCCUGUUUCUCUCAGGUGAACGAAGAUGGCAGGAAAAGGCGGAAAGGGGCUUUUGGCGACGAAAACAACCGCAGCUAACAAGGACAAGGAUAAGGACAAGAAGCGCCCGGUUUCUCGUUCAUCUCGUGCCGGUAUUCAGUUCCCGGUGGGUCGUAUCCACCGUCAGCUCAAGUCUAGGGCUUCAGCACAUGGGAGAGUUGGGGCAACAGCUGCUGUUUACUUGGCCUCUAUUCUCGAGUACUUGACUGCCGAGGUUCUUGAGUUGGCUGGAAAUGCAAGCAAGGAUCUGAAAGUGAAGAGGAUCACUCCAAGGCACCUGCAAUUGGCCAUUAGAGGGGAUGAAGAACUUGACACCCUUAUCAAAGGUACCAUUGCUGGAGGUGGUGUCAUACCCCACAUUCACAAGUCCCUAAUCAACAAAACCACCAAGGAUUGAUUGCUUUUGUCUGAUUCUUAACUAUUUGAGGUACUUUUAUCUGUUCCUUGUCUUUUAUAUCUAUGUGGUGUUAGUCUGUAGGAUUGUUGUUUUGGACUUUGGGAUCUUUGUUUAUUGUAGGAAUGAUGUUUGUUGGAUAGAUUUAACAGUUGUUUCUCUUAAUGUUUUGUAUGUACUUCUUUGGAAUGUUUAACCAUGCAAACAUUUCUUAAGAUUCAUAUGAUCAUAUAUGAAUAUUGUAACAUGAAUGUAGAUAGUGUAAGGUUUCCUAGGUGUAAGAAGCUUUCGAAAGAAUUAGUUAUUCCAAAAAAGUUUAGUAUUUGAUAUAUUAUCAGUUUAAUUCCACAAGCAAAGUUUAAAUAUUGUCAUUUUAAAAAAAUUACUAUACACUUUAAACUUUGCUUAUGGAAUUUAAAUGUUUUCCUGAUAUGUAUUAAAUAAUUUUCUGUAUACUUACAUUGAAAAGGAAAUAAAGGGGGAAGUAAACACAAGCAUGUUGUUUAGAA